CUCGAUCAGAAAUGUCAAAGAAAAAGUGCGGUUAUGUUUCCCUUAGCUCGUUUCAAUACCGUUAUUGGCGGGAGUCUGCUGCAGAAAACGUUGAACCUAGGCGAGACAGUGUGGAAAGGAUUUACUACAAUGGCGGAAAAUAAAACACCCCGCUUAAUGCAGAGGAUAGGGACUCACAGUGGAAUGUUUCAUUGCGAUGAAGCCUUGGCUUGUUUCAUGUUAAAACAACUGCCUAAAUAUGAAAGUGCUGAGGUUGUUCGUACAAGGGAUAUGGAGGUUUUAGCCACCUGUGAUAUUGUAGUUGAUGUUGGAGCAGUAUACGACCCAAAAAUAAAUAGAUUUGACCAUCAUCAAAGAGAGUUUGAACACACUCUUUCUACAGUUAGGCCUGAAUUAGCAAAAAACAAAACCAUUAAAUUAAGUUCUGCAGGUUUAAUAUAUGCACAUUUUGGCAUGGAAGUUAUAGAGAAUUUACUUACGAGGAGGGAUAUUAUGCUGACUACAGAAGCUUUGGAAAAUAUUUAUAUACAUGUUUAUGAAGGUUUUGUAGAAGAAAUGGAUGCCAUAGAUAAUGGAAUACCAAUGUAUGGUGAAGGUAUUCCUAGAUACAGAAUUAACACAGAUUUAAGUUCCAGAGUACAUAGAUUAAACCCUGAUUGGGACAUAUCAGAUGAAGAAACAAUACAAAAAUGUUUUUAUAAAGCUGUUGAUUUAGUUGGUGUUGAAUUUACAGAAAUUUUAUUGGAGGCAACAACCAUCUGGUGGCCAGCGAGAGACAUCGUAAAAAAGGCAAUAAAAAACAGACACAAUGUUUAUUCUACAGGAGAAAUCUUGCUGUUGGAAGACAGGUGUCCAUGGAAAGACCAUCUUCAUUCUUUGGAAGAAGAAAUGGGGAUUAAGGAUGAAAUCAAAUUCUGCAUUUUCCAUGAUGCUAAAUCGUCCUGGAGGGUCCAGGGAAUUCCCAAGGACCCUGGUAGCUUCAUUUGCAGGGUUUUUCUGCAUAAAGAGUGGAGGGGAGUGAGGGACGAAGUUUUAAGUAAAGUUUCUGGAGUUGAUGGGUCGAUAUUUUGUCACGCCACUGGAUUUAUUGGCGGGAAUCAAACCAAGGAGGGUGCUUUACAAAUGGCCAUUAAAAGCUUGCAAGCUUCCCAAAUAAAUAAGGAGUAAAAUUGUAAAGAAAAAUGUGUAAAUUUUUUAUUUAUACUUAAUUUUAAAUAUAUUUUAUUAA